AUGUCGCCGUCGCAAGGUCAAAUGCGACAAGUUUGCGGUAAUUGCGUGAAGAAUGGCACUGAAUGCAUUUACGAUCCCUCGUCGCUGAGGGAUGACAGCACGCAAGAUGUAUCUGGCGGACAAGGCGUUAAGCGCAGGAGAGAGACACCCAAGACGCUCGAGGAGGAUGUGGAUGAAAUACAAUCGAUCUAUGGACAGUUGCGACAAGCAGGAUCGUCCGCUGAUCCGAGAUCGGACCCUCGUGCUAUAGAAACCCGACUGGACAAGCUCAUGUCGAUGAUCGAGCAACUUGGAGGAACCAACCAGGCCAUUCAAACCACUGAAACACAGACGAAGACUCCCAGCGUAAAAGCAGAAUCGACUCUCGCGGAGGAGCAGCAUCAAAACAGUGGUCCGAACGGGAACUCGCCAUCUUCGCGCUCGGCCAGUCCGCGUCGCGUGACCGCAGAGCCAAGUGGCGAUGAAUUUCCCAUCCCGGCAGGGCAAGCUACGGAUUUGAUCGAUCCAGUGGGGAGUCUGAAUUUGGGGCAUCUCAGCUUGGAAGAUGGCGGCAGGUCAAGAUAUGUUGGAACAACAUACUGGGCCUAUAUCUCUCACGAGAUCAAUGAUCUGAACCAGUUGCUUAGAGAUCAGACCCGGUCGCAUGAUCCAUCUGCUCCUAGCAACACUAAUGACGACACAGCAGAACCAGUUUUCAAUAACCAGAGGCCAUGGAGAGAGUCGACAGCUAGCUCCACACAUUCAACCACAUCUGGGUCACGGGGAACAUCCUUUGAGCAAUCCAUUAUUUUUCCCUCGGGGGACUCCCCAUCGGCUAAUACAAAGGUUGUGGAACCAGAAAUGCUCGAGCAUGUUCCGACGAGACGCCAGAGCCAUAUUCUCUACAAGGGGUUCAUGUCCGGUAUACACGCUAUAAGCCCUGUGAUUCACCCACCAAGCAUAUUGAAACUCUAUAACGCUUUCUGGGACUGGUAUGACUACAGCAGCUACUCUGGAGAACCUUUUCCAAACCCCUCGUUCAUUCCUCUCUUGUAUGCCAUGUGGUAUGGCGGUUCAGUGACAAUCUCGAUCCGAACCAUCAAAGCCGAAUUCAAUGUGCCGUCUCGCUCUUCAAUAUCGACUAUGUAUAGCGAGGAGGUAACGCGCUGGUUGACCAGAAUUUCAUUCCCUCGCAGCCCCUCGCUGCAGGGCUUGGCGGCCUAUCUCCUUGUACAGACCAUCCGAGCUAAGGAAGAAGAGCCUCUGACCAGCAGUGUGUUUGUCAGUCUCGCAAUGAGGGUGGCCCAAACAAUGGGCCUACAUCGAGAUCCCGCCAAGUUUGGCAUCGAGCCAUGCGAGGCGGAGUAUCGCCGCCGGCUGUGGUGGCAUAUUAUGCAUAUGGAUGGUGUCGUUGCCAUGUCGAGUGGGCUUCCCCCACUGGUCAGUGAUGAGAACUAUUGGGAUGUGCGCGAGACGAGCGAAGUGAAAGACACAUUGCUGGGGAGUCCGGCGGCUGAGCACUAUGAGCGUCUGGUGGCUUCCAACCGACUACCUCCAGACAACCCCGAUGGCCCGACAGUUUGUGGUGGGCCAUCCAAGGUGAAUGUCUAUUAUCUGACGGCAAGGGGCAAAUACAUCAUGGCCCGUGCUGUUCGCCGCAUUCUGAAAAUUCAGCUGGGCACCAAGCCUCUGACUCGAUUAGAUAUGGAGGAGCUUCGCUCCAUUCUUCUCGAUCUUCAGCUGAAGCUCAAUUCUAUUACCAAUAGGAUCCCGGAAGACACAACUCUCAGCCAUCCGUCGGAUCGUGCGCUUUCCAAGUCCAAGUCCCCUGUUGAAGGUACUACCACCGAACCAGAACUUCCGGACGAAGGUCCGACUGGUUGCGUGGAGCAGUAUCACUCUGCAGUCCUCGUUUGCUUCCAUAAAUGGGCAAGAAUCAUUUUGUCGUUGUAUAUUGACAAGGCGUUCUGUGUGGCGUACCAACCCUUUCUCAAAAAUGCUAAAAGUCGGAUUUGGCCAGCAGCUCGGCAAAGCGCGCUUCGACGUUGCCACGGCUUCAUGGAGAAAUUCAUCCAACUCGCCACGGAUCCUGAUUUUCAACCGUUUCACUGGAGCUGGCCAGGAAAUCAUCAACCCAUGCAUGCGACUAUGAUCAUGCUCAUUGAUUUGUAUGAGCGACCGUAUAGCCCUGAGGCAUUCAAGUCACGCGCCUUCAUUGACCGAAUCCUGGCGCUGUCUGGGCCAGAUGGAGGUGUUGUAGGAGGCGAGGAUGGGGUCUCCACACAACGGCCACUCAAGGAUGGAGGUCGCGAAGCCUGGGAUAUGAUCCGCCGCCUGCGCCACAAAGCCUGGCAGAAAGCUGGUUUGAAUCCACAGAUGCUCUGGACAGAGCAGGAUCAGAUCCAGGCGGGUAUUGCUUCGCCUGCUGGCGACCCAUAUGGUUUGUCGUACUCGAGUCCUGGGCCUGAAUCACCGGCAGCCUCUCCAAAGGACUUGGGUCAGCGCGCGGCCCCGAACCGUGAGGUUGGAGAAUUCAGCAAGACGUUUUACAACCUUACGCGAUCCCAUGCUCUCUCGGGGGUGUCCUCAGCCUCCAUUGGACCUAGUCCGUUGCGACACUCACACCUGCCACCACCGGAUCGAAACUCUCCAUCCAUCCAUCCUCUCCUUCGUUAUACCUCGACUUCCGCCGUUAGCCUGCCAGCCAACACCACACUGACUGAAUCUCCGGGCACAUCAUCUUCCUCUGAUGUGGCAUCCAUGAGAGUGGCCCCAUCCAACCAAUCUCCUCCCUCCACCUCUGCAGCAUCCAUGCCGCCAUCUCGACAGCCCUUGCAUGGACUUGCCUCGAUACACCUGCCAUUCAUGGACCCUCUCUCUCCCAACCCUCCGCCCAUGGGCGUUCCCACUCCACCGUCCAUGGUCGACCCCAAUCUCAACUUCGAUUGGGACCAAUGGGACGCGGUGUUUGGACAGCACCUACCUGUUGCAGAUGAACUUAUGGAAUUGGACCCUGUCUCGGGAUUGGACUUUGCCAAUCUCGGGACCACCGCUGCCAACGAUGCAAUGAUUGGUGUCAAUGGCAAUGAGAUUCUUGCAUCGCCGGGCGAUGCCAAUUUCCCCCUGGAUGGACUGGACAGACCCCAGAACCCAGGGACCCUCUUCGAACGCAUGGACGGGAUAUUAAUGAUUUUGAUUUUGAUAGUAUAUACGCCAUAUACCCCAGGGCCGGAUUAG